UCUCCCUGUAUCCUGUGUGCGUUCUCCGGCCUCAAGUAUCAGGAGGCCCAUUGCAGCUAUGCUUGUGUUCGUACUGACGCUGCUGUUAGUGUCAGUUAGUGGUCAGACGGACCCUGACCUCUCAGCCCCUCUCACUGAUGCUAGCACUGCUUUGGCGCUGAAGCUCUACCGGGCAGUGGCAGCCUUGGAUCCUGAUGAGAACGCGGUGCUGUGCCCACUUGGGAUGAUCCAGAUGUUGGCUCAAGUUCAGCUCGGGGCAAGGGGCAGCACGCUCCAGCAGCUUAGGAGGGCAAUGCACCCAGCUGAUGUCCAGAACGAUGCAUUCCUGCUUCUUCUGCAGAAGGAGGCUGAGGCCAUUGUCUCCCCACAGAAAGGCAGUGAGGAGGAGGCAUUUCAUAUGGCCAUGGCCAGUGCCCUGUUCCUACAGGAAGGUUUUCCCCUGAGAGAGGCUUACCUGCAGACCAGCCGAGCUCACCUCCACACCUCCCUCAAGCAUGUGGACUUCUUCCAUGCCUCCAAGGCUGCUCAUGAGAUUAACAUGUGGGUGGAGAGCCAGACCAAUGGUAAGAUCUGGCAGCUGUUCUCCAGCGAUGAUUUUGGCCCGCUCAGUCGUGUGGCUUUGGUGAACGCCGUUUACUUUAAGGGCUCCUGGCAGCAGCCGUUCCCUCGCGAGAACACGGCCCUGAGAGGCUUCACCAAGAGGGACGGCUCCGUCGCCCACGUCCCAAUGAUGUAUCACAAGCUCCAGGCCAACAUCGGAUACUUCCCCCAUGGGGAGAGUGAGGUGCAGCUUCUGGAGCUGGUGUAUGGGCAGGGUGAGGCCAGUUUCAUUGUGCUCCUGCCAGACUCCGUGGAGGGGCUGCCAAAGCUGGAGAAAGACCUCACUCAGCAGCUGCUAAACGCAUGGAUGACCCAAACCCAGCAGGAGGAAGUGGAAGUCCACCUGCCAAGGUUUAAGGUGAACCAGAGAGUGGACUUGGAGAAGGCUCUGCGAUCCUUGAACAUCACAGAGCUCUUUGACCCUGGCUGUGACCUCUCGGGAAUGUCAGGCGCCGGCCAAUUGCACAUCUCAAAGGCUGUCCAGCGCACCUUUAUUGAGGUCAAUGAGGAGGGGAGUGAGGCAGCAGCCGCUACAGGUGGAGCAGCUGCAGUCAUCAUGAGCUUACAGGGUCAUCGCUUUUUAGCUGACCGUCCCUUUCUCUUCCUCAUACGACACAGGCUCACAGGAGCCGUGCUGUUCAUGGGCCAUGUGAUGCAGCCCGAGCUGAUUGAGACCAGAGGAAGAGACACACAGGCCCUCUGAGGCCCGCUAAUGACUCUAAUGACCCGCAUUAAAAAACACUUACCCGCAAAAA